GACCGAAGCGGCGGGCCGGGGUUGGCCGGGACUGGAGAAGGAGGGACGGAGCGGGAGGAGGGCACAGGGGGCGGGGAGGGGACCCUGGAGGAGAGAGGUGGCAAUGUCUCUCAUCCAAGCGUGCCGCAGUCUGGCUCUCUCAACAUGGCUGCUUUCCUUUUGUUUCGUGCAUCUGCUCUGCCUGGACUUCACCGUGGCGGAAAAGGAGGAAUGGUACACCGCCUUCGUGAACAUCACCUAUGCCGAGCCGGAGCCCGGGGCCGCGGUGGCGGGCGGCAGUGGCGGCGCCGAGCUGCACACGGAGAAGACCGAGUGCGGACGGUACGGCGAGCACUCGCCCAAGCAGGACGCGCGCGGCGAGGUGGUCAUGGCCAGCUCGGUCCACGAGCGCCUGGCUUGCGACCCCAACACCAAGUUCGCCGCGCCGGCCCACGGCAAGCACUGGAUAGCCCUCAUCCCCAAGGGCAACUGCACCUACAGAGAUAAGAUCCGGAACGCGUUCCUGCAGAACGCCUCAGCUGUGGUCAUCUUCAAUGUGGGAUCCAACACGAACGAGACUAUCACCAUGCCCCAUGCAGGUGUGGAAGACAUCGUGGCUAUAAUGAUUCCUGAGCCCAAAGGGAAGGAGAUAGUAAGCCUGCUGGAAAGGAACAUCACUGUAACCAUGUACAUCACCAUCGGAACCAGGAACUUGCAAAAAUAUGUGAGCCGCACUUCGGUUGUGUUUGUCUCCAUCUCCUUCAUUGUCCUGAUGAUCAUUUCCCUCGCAUGGCUCGUCUUUUAUUAUAUCCAGAGGUUCCGAUAUGCAAAUGCCAGGGACAGGAACCAGCGCCGACUGGGAGAUGCAGCAAAGAAAGCCAUCAGCAAGCUCCAGGUCAGGACCAUCAGGAAGGGCGACAAGGAAACAGAGUCUGAUUUUGACAACUGUGCCGUCUGCAUCGAAGGGUACAAGCCCAAUGAUGUGGUCAGGAUCCUGCCCUGCAGGCAUCUUUUCCACAAGUCCUGUGUUGACCCCUGGCUUCUAGACCAUCGCACCUGUCCCAUGUGCAAGAUGAACAUUCUUAAAGCCCUAGGGAUCCCGCCCAAUGCCGACUGCAUGGACGACUUGCCCAUUGAUUUUGAGGGCUCUUUAGGAGGCCCACCAACAAAUCAGAUCACAGGUGCCAGCGACACAACAGUAAAUGAAAGCUCAGUCACUUUGGACCCUGCUGUGAGGACUGUGGGAGCCCUGCAGGUAGUCCAGGACCCAGACCCUGUGCCUCAAGAGGGAGAAGCCAUCUUUACAACUAACAGUGAUCAAGAGCCGGCUGUGAGCAGCGACUCCGACAUCUCAUUGAUUAUGGCACUGGAAGUGGGACUGUCUGAUGUAGAACUUUCCACUGACCAAGACUACGAAGAGGUGAAGUCUUGAAAUGGUACAAACAGACGAAAGAAAACCCAGGACCCAGGGGGGACAGGAAGGAAGCAUGCUCCGGGACUUGAACUGGAUACACAGCCUUCAGCUCAUCACGGCAACCCCAGGGCUCUCUGUUCAAGGGUAGUAACGAAAGCAAUAUCCAAAGUUUCCAGAGUCAGGAUGCGGGUUCCCACCUCUGCAACAAUCGUGGCCUUGGUGUGGAAAUUGAAAGCUGGAUCCCUCCGCGUCGGUGCAGACACGCG